AUGAUCCACGAGUCCCAGGUUCCUCGAUCGUGCGAUCGAUGCUACGCCGUCAAGGAACGAUGUGAAUGGACAGCCGGCGCCGUCAAAUGUGAACGAUGCACUCGCGUCGGCCACAUGUGCGAGUCAAAACGGCCCAUUAAGCGACCCGGCCGUCCACCAGCACCGUUUCUACAACCACCGGUCAAGCAAGCCAAAGUUGUCACGCAUACCAAUACCAUCGAGGACUCUCCAGCAGAAUUAAUCAAGGACAUGAUACCCAGCCCUCUCACUUCCGCAACCGUAGAUGCAUCAAUAUGGAAGACAGUCCUCUCCACCGUUGAGCAUCUCUCCCAGAGCGACCUCGCCCUACUUGACCGGGCAGUUCACCAAGACGACUUUACUCAGAAACUAGUCAUCGGCCCAAGUUUCUACGAAGGGCAUCGACAAAAGCUAGUAUACCACCUGUUAUCUUCCCGGCAGAUCGUGCUAGACGGCUACUUAGCCUUUGCCCUCUCCUACGGCGACAAGGUGCAAGUCAACGACAGUUACAAGCGCGCCGCAUCAGCUCUCCUAACCCUCCGAUCUCUUCAAGUCAAAAGUCGACUUGACAUCACAUCCUGUCUCAUGCUCGGCUGGCAAAUCCUCCAUUUUGUGCUAAAAGUCGGCGGCGGGGAAUUACUCGAGAUUUGCAACCAGACCCUCAGCCUCAUCAAGCCGCAUUACAUUUCUGAAAAGUAUUUCGAAAGUGCCUACUUCACCUUUCUCACUAGUCUCGUGUUCACAGAGACGGCAGAAUGCUUAAUCAAGACCAGAAUGCCGACGUUGAGGGUGGACCAUCCCGCAGCGUCGAACCAGAUUGACGGCUGCGUUGGCCUAUGUACAGGUCUUUUACCGCAUUUAUACGACCUGGCCGUGAUCAAUGUCGACAUGCAGAAAAGGAGCCAAACGCAAGAUGGGGCCGUGGCGGAUGCAUCAGACUUGCAGACCAAAUUGGAGGACAUCAAGCUCAAGAUCAGAGAUUGGAAACCCCAUAUCCCAGAAGACUUUUGCACCAAGUUUACAGCGUUGGAGGUUUCGCACAUGUUGUGUCAAACGCAGGUGACGCAGACGGCUGCCCUGCUUAUCAUUCAUCGACUACAGCAUCCGUUUGGAACAGAGGACGGCACAGCGUCUGCUUUGGCGUCAACAAUACUAAGUCAUAUUGAUAUGACGGUGCACAUCACGGGAAAGACGCCCAUGUGCGUGGACCUAUCGCUGAUUGUGGCGUGUUUGGAGGUCGAAGAUGAGGGAGAAAGGGCACAGAGACUACGCAGCUUUUCGUCGAUUGGAAGUUAUUCUGGUGUGUUUCAGGAUCGGAUCAAGAGUCUUAUUACUCAAGUUUGGGCUGCUCGACGGCGACGACCGACAUUUUAUUGGUAUCAUUUGGGGGAUAUUCUUUCACCGUUUUCAUAG